AUGCUUCCUCCAUCACUGGGCAGCACUUAUCGCGAGUACAAGCGCGACACUGACUUGCUGGCUUCAUGGCUCGCUCUGACUGCUCGGUCUCACGGAUACAAUGGUGACUUGGCCUCUGCUGGUAAUGAGACCGUAGACAUAUCGAAGGCAGAGAUGCAGACCGACAAGGAGGAUUAUAAAGAACGGCCAUCGAGAUACAAAGUGGCCAUUCGAAACUUCGUGCCCCUGGCUGAGUCCAUCGCCUCGACCAAGCCAGCGAUCAGCACCCCUCCGUCCAUCGUGAACACGAUCAACAGGGUCAUCACCGCCCGAUCGGAUUUCGCCUCAAAGGUGAAGGAAUUAAGUGGCCUGGAUGCCCACGCUGUCGAAGCGCAUGCGUAUUUCGUGGGGAUUCUCGAAAAGGUCCAAGAUAUACUAGUUCCCAAGGAUUUGGCGAAGACCCGGCAGCUUGUUGCGUCAUCAGACGACGAGACUACAAACCUGUUUGCUGCUCUGAACUUCGAGAAUCCUUCAACCGACUUCCUGAACGCUCCAAAUAUCGACAAACCCGUGUCCAAGGCGGCCCCGGCGGCCCCGGCGUCUCACGCACCAAAGUACGAAGCGGAAACCUCAGACGAGCUCAACACCCUGGACGCGAUCAUCAUAUUCGCCUUGAUGGCAAGCGAUCUCGCAAGGGUUCGUGUAGUAAUUAUCGACACCUGGGGCAGAAAUGCCCGCGGAGAACUCACCCUGUCUGCGGCUGCGCUCACCACAUCAGCUGCCGUUGAUCUCGCGAAUCACGCUGUCAAGGAUGUUCUCCCCAUCUUUGAAGCUCAAGGAGGUGUUUGGGAGGUAGCUCAGCAGUUCGUUGCCCUCGUCUGUGCUAAGAACGGCCUCGAUGCAGAAACCCUCAGUUACAGCCAAGGCACGACGCUCAUGUCCGAAGACAUGUACACGACGUAUGACCGCUCCCUACUUUGUGUGUACGCAACCCUUGACGCCUGUCUUCAGUCAAUGAAGAAGGGAAAGGACCUGGACGUCCCCGUAUUUUCGGGCGCGAAGUCGCUCGAUUGGGUCAUGAAAAAGCGUGGACUAUCUGGGAGCCAGCGGUUUGAGCAGGACCAAAAUGCAGUCAUCCGCUUGGUUUCAAACUACCUGAUUCUCAGCAAUCAUGUGACAAAGUCAGAGUGGCCCGUCGAGGAUGAGAUACUGCGUGGCAUCCGGGAGAUGAAAGCCACGGGCUCUGUCCCCUUCCAUCUUGUUUUUGCAGCGCAGAUCCACGUGGACAUACAGCAAAACCUAGGUAUUCUGACCAUGAACCCCUCUCAGAAGAUGGUCGAAGAACUCGAAAGCAUGAAGGCCAAUCUCGAACAUGAAAUGAGUAGCAAGACCGAUUUCGAGCGUUCUCUGCGUGGGACGACGCAGUCGAGCAUGUGGCCUGUCGCACGCGACAGAAUUGCGAGGGAUAUGAUCGAGAUGAUGGACAAGCUUCUAAAGGACCCAUGCCAUCAAGCCAAGCUCCGAAUUUCUGGCACACCACCGCAGCAGGUUUCAGAAGCGUCCUUCUUCAGGGACUCUCCCUACAUGUCCGGUCUUGUUGUUGCAUACUGCCGCAACUACAUGAAGGAGGCUGGCAUCGAUCUUGCCAAUUUCUGGGCCACUUUCGUCAGCACUGCACAUGUGUACAACGCGGUGAAGCAGCUUGGCCUCCUGCGGAAACCUUGGAGGGACUUGGAGAUUGCGCUCUCAAGAGCUGGUCUCGAGAGCAAGCUUUUCACUGGACCACCUCCCACAGACGGAAAAGAUUUUUACAGGAAGUACAGUCUGCAGUUGGGAUUUUCAGCUGUGAACUUUGCCAAUUUGCACAAGAAGAAGGCGGGCAAGGCCAAUACCGAUGCUGCGGGGACCAAAAUCGCACCACAAGCCGAGAAGCGUCUCAUCCAGCACGAACACGUUGCUUCAACUUUUACCAGUCUCGUUUCCAAAUACUCGUACGACAGGUCAACGACGGAAUGGACCGAGUUGCUUGUAAGGAACAUUGCCGAAAGCACCACAAGACAUGGAGAGACCGUAUUUGGCGACCAUGGUGCCAACCAUUUCAAGAAGAUCGCGAGUAAAGUCCAGGGCAAAGAGGAGGCCAAAUCCCGACCAAAGCCAAAUGAAGAGAACGAAACCGAGGCGGAGAAUCGCCUCCGUCCGUGGAAUACGGCCAUACAGCUCAGAAUGGCUCUUCAAGAAGAGUCAGUGGAGUUUGAAUUUCCGUAUCUUGAGUUCCAUCGCUCGGCUCGAUCAACGAUGGAAGUCAUCAAGGGCAUCGUAAUGGAGGCCCUCCAAGGCUUUCUAUCACCGGGUCUGACAGAGGAAGACAUUGAAAUGCAACUUGCUGUCCAAUUAUUGUUCAAAAGUUGCGAUGCCGAUGCCAAAGAGUAUGAUGGUCUCUUUGCCAUGCGGUGUGUUGCCGAUCAUUUCAACCAUCUCAUUAAGACGCAAGGCCAUCCGGUGGAGGAAUACCUCUGUAAGAGGGGCUUCAAGGAGUUCUGCCAUAUGCUUCCAGCUCCCCUAGUCAGUGUCUACCAGCAGUACAAGCAGGACACUGAUUCCGUGGCUUCAUGGCUCGCCUCCACAGCCAAGGCCUGCGGCUACCCAGCCGAUCUACUGAAGCCGGCUGGGCAAGCGAAAAAAAAGGCCAAACACAAACACAAGAAUAUUUCGUCUAAGUACAUUGUGGCGCUCAAGGACUUUGUCCCGCUCGCCCAAUUCAUCGCCGGCUCCAAGAAGCCAGUGGUGGACGUCCCGGAAUCUUUCGUCACCACCAUCAACCGGGUCAUCAACGUCCGCUCCUCCUUCAGCAAUCGCCUAGCCGAGCAGGGCAAACAGACAGCAUUCGAAGUCGAAAAGUCUCACUCUUUCUUCGUCGGGAUUCUAGAACAAGUUCGGGAAUCUCUGAGGCCUCGCAUGCCAACCGCUACUGCGGCAUGGUCGGAGUCAAGCUCCUCGUCUUCUGCCGAUGCGCUCGCGAACGCAUUUGAAGCACUGAAGGUGUACGAGCCUUCAGAUGACUUCCUGAAGGCACCAGACAUCAAGAGACCUGAGCCCGAGAAGGCCACGGACAAGGUGGUCUAUGAAGCCGAGGGAGCCGCAUACUCCGAUUUCAAAGACGCCAUAUUCGCCUACUCUAUCAUGCUGGAAGACCUCCGCAAGAUCCGCCUUCAGAUCUUGUUUAUCUGGCAGAAUUACCGCGACGGAGCCUUUGAUGUUGCAACUGCCGCCAUUGCAACAAACACCGCCGUCGAGCUUGCGCACAACAUCGCAGAGGAGGUCAUACCUCUGUUCCGAUCUCAUGGCGGUGUAUGGGAGGUCGCUAUGGCUUACUACCACGCAGCCGCCCUCGCCAGCGGCUUCAGCAAGGAGAGCAUGAACAUUUCAGAUGGAGGAAGGGACAACAGAACGGCUUUCAACGUCAAGACGUACGACGUCGCGAACAACACGUACAUCAACAUCUACCGCUUCCUGGAAGGCUUCCAGGCGGUGUUAAGACCCAAUGUGCUGCCGCUUUUCAAGCAAGGCGUCUUUGGAACGUACGAUCCCACCAGCAACCUGAAGACGAAGUCUCCCGAGGAGAAGUUUCAAGAGGAUCAGGUCAUCAUGAUGGAGGUUUUCGGGGAACUCAUGACAAUCAUUCGAACUGUGCCAAAUUGGCCAGUAGAAGACGAGUUCCUCCAAGGUAUGCGAGAAAUGGAUGAGACGAAGAAGAUUCCAUUUUACCUUGUCUUCGCCGCCCAAACAUACCUUGACAUCCAUCACAUUCUAAGGGACGACGUGGAGAGAGGAUUUUUCCAAAUGAGCGACGAAACCAGCAUCAUGCGCAACAAUCUGAAAAGCCAUCUUGAAUUCCAUCAAAGUCUCAAGAUCGAUGGCUGGACAGCCAAGCACGACCGGGCUCUGAAAGACACAGAGUCCGUCAUUGGAUGGCUCGGUACUGAUCCAAUCCAUCAGGUCAAAAACGAUUAUGCGCGGAGUCAUGGCAUACCUCUCUUACCUGACACCAAGAAGUGCUACCUUCUCAGGCAGUCGCCCGUCAUGUCUGGUCUGAUUCUGCACCACUUCCGGCUUGAUCUUUACGACAUUGGGAUUGCCGUAGCCAAUGCUUGGGGAUCCAUCACAUACAUGGAACACCUCUACAAUGCCGUGGAAAAAGAAGGUCUUCUCGAAGGACCAUGGGAAGAUAUGGAUUUUAUGCGGAUCCUCGUGGGCCAGGAUGGUUUCUACGUCGGCGGAGCCCCGUCCGCGCCAGAGGACUAUUACAAGAAGUUCUGCCUUCAAAUGGGCGUAUCUGCUGCAACUCUUGCGAACCGCAGCAAGAGACGGGCUAAGAUAGACCUCGAGUCUCGCGCCGGACCUCGCGCCAUCAAGAGAGGAGCUCCCGUAUCCAUCAUGUUCCAAAAUCGAUUUACCCGACGCGGAUCUGGCAUGGUGUGGACCACUGAGCUCGUCGACAACGUGCUGUCGCGUAGCGAAUGGGAGGAAGAACACGAUGGCGAUCAAAUCGUCAGCAUGGCUCGAGUCAUAGACCCGAAGAGGCUGACUGAAAUCCGAAAGGGCAAGAACAAGAAGUUGGCAGAGGACGGAGGACGUUUGCCACCGGAAAAGCUGAUCAGAUCUCUUCUCUUCGCGCUGCAGAGUGAGAUUAUGGAGGUUGCUUUUCCGUACCUACUGAUGCAUCGGUGGUGUUGGAUGGUGCUUCGGAGUCUUAAGGAGCAAUGUGACCCCUUAUUGAGGGAGCUCUUCACACCGGCGUACAUCGAUUGUGAGAAUCAACUGCCGUUUGUCGUCGGCUGGGUUCUCGCAGCGAUGAAUAGUUCCGGUGAAGUACUACAGGAUCGUCGGUUGUUGGAGUCGGCUGCGGUCGUCUUGAAUACUUUCUUAUCUGCUGGAGCUGCAGGAAGCAUAUGCAGCUCGGUCCUGGAGAAGAUCGGGAUCCAUGUACAAGUCGAGGACGAUGAUGACUCUGAGUAA